CUGAAACACCCACUCAAAGAUACAUACUCUGCUCCUAUUGCGUGAAAGCGCGAACCUGCGAUGGCUUCCUGCGAUGGCGAAGCUCAGCCGUAUAGAGAUCUCUCCUACUCCAGACUAUCGGAAUCUGGCUGCCUAGGACAGCUAAACUCUCAGACUCGGACCUUGGUCGCCGACCCUUGACAGUCUUGGACAGCACUCAGUAUCUCCCUCGAGUUUUACCCAAGCCACCGCUCGAUCCGCACCUGUAUACAUCACAUGUCACAGGCAAUCCUAAUCAUACCCCGCUAUUCAGCAGUGCCUGCCAUGAGCUCCUUCAAACCAUGCUAACGAUCGUUCAUACGCGUAUGGCUCAUAUACGACCAGCUCGGACUUUCGAGGUCACGGUUUUCCAUAUAUCAGGCCGUUGGGGAUGACAUCGUCGAGCGCGGGGACUUUGGGGUCAAGGCCUUUUUGGGGCCGCAAGGACUGGCAAAUGGGCGAUAAACUUGCGUGUGCAGCAUUUCCCCAAGCCAAAUGGCGGCAAUGGUAAUGAGGCAUGUUAAAUAAAUGAUAAUCGUGACAAAACACCUGGGCCGUCAAGAAAUGGACUCCAAAUGACUGGCAUAUCGUGACUCUGCCCAAGCCUUCGCCCUCCCCUUGCGGGCCACCGCUGGAUCCUCUGAGCCUGAUUCCGUAUCCGAUUCGUCACUGUCACCGUAAUUUGCGAGAGCCCCCAGUCCCGCGGUCUCCGAGUCCAUGCCUUUCCUCGCCCCAUCGUCACAUCGCAUUCUUGCCUUGAGCUUGAUCAAGGACCACGCAUUCUUCCAUCGACCACGUAAAAAAGCAAACCGACCGUCUGUACCGUGAUUUGCAAGAAUGCGCAUCUCCAAUUGAGCCACGUUGUCCGAGGAAGCUAGACUGCCGGCAGUGCGCUCCAUCAGAACUAUUUGAUUUUCGUCCGGCUUGAAGACGGAUGGGUAUUGACCACGUCAAAGAUGUAUGGGACAGCGACCCACCUCCUCACCGUCACCACCCCAUGGAUCUUCCUCCAAGGACGCCCGGGCUGAUUCUUCAUCCUCUCGUUCACGCGCUCUCACUCGUUCGUCCCGGACCCGGUUGAUGAGAACUUGCUGUUUUUCUCGUUGAUAGUCGGCUUUCUUUUCGGGUGAGAAGAAAAAGGUGUCCUCCGUGUCAGAAGGGAGAUCGGACCACCCAGAGGGCGAAAGUGAACGCGGUAUUUCUUCAGCAGAAACGCCUUUGUUUGGCAGUGUAUCAAGUAAGAACAGCGCGUCGUAUCUGAGGAACAUAAGAACGACCAUCUGGGGCAGUAAAUGAAGGAGGAAAGCGAACCGGGACACUCAUAUGUUACAGAUUCAUAGACGUGGGCAAAAGCGUGCCUUUUCAGGCAGAGAGGACAUACCUGUCGGCCCAAAUCAAUGGCCUGCCUCGUUCAGGCGCGUGGCCAGCGGCGAAAUCAUCGUCGACAUGCGCAGUCGGCCUGGAAAGCGAAUCCAAGCUAGUCCAUUGUAUGAGGGCAGAUUGAGUUCCUUCCCGACUCGGUUGUUCUAACGAUUGUGCUGCAUGGCGCGCCCUUGCUCCUCUGACGACGUCGGCUUCGAAUGCAAGAAUGUAUAGGUUAGGAUCUAAAGCCUCGCCGUCCCGAGACGCAUCUCCACAGGCAGACUGAAAGGUCUUUCUCUUUUCACGAUACUUUCUCUUCUUCGAGGACAUUGAAGAAGCCUUGUGAUGGAGACACAGGAAGUAAGAGAAGAAAGAUGAAGCCGAUGAAGCAGGAUGAAGCUGAGCAUCUCCACAGCCACCUGUCAUGGUGUCAUCAUCGCGACCACAUGCAAACACUUGACUUACCUUCCGCUCUUAUCUCGACUCCGUCCUCAAUAACAUAUCUAAUUCCAUAUUCUCGAUGCUCAGCUCCGCUGAACCCUAUCGCAGUCUUCUCUGUUCUGCUUGAUCCUCGACGAAUCGUCGUGUCGCACUUCUAGCCCCGAAACUUCCGUCGGCUUCAAUACAGCAAGAAAAUUCACGAGUUUUUAUCAUUUCUGACGUGCGUCUGGCGCGGGGACAACUGUGUUUCCCUCCCGCUGUUGCGGCGUGCAAAGCUGGAACCGUUCGGCAUGUCUCGCGCGAACUCGGACCAGGACAUCUCCGAUGAUGAUCAUGACAUCAUAUACACUCGUAACACCCGGGCUUCAAGGGUAACACUGAGGACACGCCUUUUCGGCCGGAUGAAGGCGGAUACGAUUUCGACUGCCCCGGAGAUGUGUGGAGCUGGGGAGACUGAAACGGAGUGGGAUGAGCCUACUCAUCACGCCUUCGGCAUGUCAGAUUGAAGGAUAUGUCGUAUACUAAACAGUUCACUCAGUCGCGCCAUCUUCCAACUUCACGUGUCCGGCCUGCCUCGAUACCCAUCGUACCUCCGACAACAUUAGAGCAGCGGUUGACUCCUCUGUUGUUCGAAUUCUCUCGUCUGCUUUCUGUCGUUCCUGCUCUGCUGGGAGUAUUGUACAACUGUUAUCAUGUUUAUCAUCCACCAUCCGGUCUCCGGGCACCGGAACGCAUCGACUUUCUAGUGUCUGUCCUGUGGGCUAUGCUCACUGGGUACCAGUGCUUGGCGUUGACCACUGGCCUCUUGACUCGUUGGCGUGUCUACUAUCCGCCUCUGGCGACACUCAUCCGCCUGCUCGCCUUGCAAGGAAUUUGUUGGCCCGCGACUCAUGCAAGCCUCUCAGUUCUAGACCACACUCGUCGUCCCGCCGCCGUUUGGGCAGCCAUCGGCACAACAACUUGUGUCAGUCGCAGUGUACAGAUCUGGGUCACGAGUAAUCUAUGGUGGGAAACAAAGGAGAUCAGCAGCGGAGCUAAGACCAGUAAAGCGACUGGCUCCGGUGUGGGCGGAUGGCGCCGCUUCGGCGGCAGAUGGGGCGGAAGAAGAUGGGAUUGGCGCGAAGUGGCGCUGCAAUGCAUGUUUCCGGCCGGUGUGCUCUAUUUUGUCAUGGCUUGGGCAGAGCAGUUGAGGAGAGAGUGGUCACAGUGUUGAUUCAAUUCGGAAUAUCGCUUUGUAUAUCUUGCCGCUUUCUCUGUUCCUUUCUCUUUCUGCUGGAUGUGCAAGAUUAUUGUUGAGGAUAGUUCUCAGCAGAUACCGAUAAAAUUGGUCAGUAAUCGAUUGUUGCAAACGUGACCAAAUGCAUUUGCGGUCAGAUGCUUCCACUCGCUUGCCAUCCAGCUCUCGGCAGCGCAACCAUCUCUCCUUUCUAACACCGCUCAUUAUCAGUAAUAACCUUGGAACUGCGCAAACUCAAAUCCUGGACUUGGCACGAUAGCACGCAAGGAUGGCCUCGGACUCGUCGGCUUCUACCACGCCUCUAAUCUUAACACCGGACUCGACGGGAAUUGUUGAAGCCGAUCCUUCUGGUAAUUCCUCGACGCAGCUCAGGAAGUCCCGACGACAAACCGCGUUCUAUCCUCAUGUCAAUUCGUCGAACAAGACACAGAAGCCGUUCAGCCGGAGCGCUGCGAAGCGGGAGAGUGUGAUGGCGUUGGGAAGCAUUGAGCAUCUGCAGCAUUAUUUCACGAAGACUGGCAUUGAAGCGAAGAAGAGUUCGAAAGCAGGGAAGGGAAUCCACGGCCUAGUCCCCGUUUUCGGAGGUCUUACGCAUGGGCGCACGGAUUCUGUCGAGUCAGCUUAUGCGGACCUGCCUCCCUCUCCGGUUAUUCCUCAGCCCCCAGUCCAGGCCUUUCCUCCCUAUGUCAAAACAUACGAGAUGGAUCCGGAGUCUCUUCUGCCCGGCGUCAUUGAUGACCUGUCGGAUGUCGCCUUUGCGUGGAAUAUCGACCAAACUGCCCCCCAAACCAAAUCCUUCGCUCUGCUAUCCGUGGGCAGCUCCUCGAACUACGUCGACGUGCUCAAAGUGUUACAAACGACGACCCGGGCCAUCCGCUCUGUCCGUAACUAUCUCUUGUCGCUACCAGACGAGUCCGCGGGAACGAUCAGGGCACAAUUCCGAUCGCGGCAUCUACCGGGGAGUUUCCGUCCGGCCAUGUCGUCCAGUCUCGCGUCUUCGCGGUCGAUCACCGAUCUGAGGGCUGCAGCUGCAGCUGCCAAAGAGAAAGAGAAAGAGAAAGAGAAAGAUCCGCUUUCGCUCAUUCGGCGCGCAGCAUUGGAGGUCCUUACGGUCCUGCGGGAUCUGGAGGAGCGCUGCCGGCUGCCGCUGAGUGACGAUGCAUAUGACGCACAGAGCGACCGAGGCUCCAGGGGUGGGCACUCGCGCAUUGCUAGUCCUAGCAUGCUUUCCGAUGUGCCCUUACCGGAUGGGGGAUCAUCAUUUGACCAUGAUGAACACCACGACCACGAUGGUAAUGUUGCCUUUUCGCUGGUGCAGGUCAACGGGAGGUUCGAGAGCGUGCCGGUUUGGGAGGAUGAGGACAGCGUUGUAUGGGACGACGAGGACGACAACAAGGUCAAAAAGGAAGGCUGGGACGAGAAACUGGUUCUGGGCAGCGGCUGGCUCUAUCGACAGGACGUAACUUUGGAGGCUCUCGGCCGGGAGCGGGGUAUGGUGUCUGCAUAUCUGGACGUCGUUGACGAAGUCAUCUUCGAGGGCAAGAAAGCCGAGAACGAACGAGGUUGGGCACGAGAGCGUCGCAAGGCUUCCGAAAAGGGCAGUGUCAGGUCUCGCAGCAGAGACACACGGAGGGCCAAUUCGAGUGACGACGGCAGUGUCUUUACGUCCAACUCCGCAGAAAAAGCCAAACGCCGUGUCUCGAUGGGCAUGUUCGAGAUGAUGAGUGCGCUCAAGGUGACAGCGGAACCCGGGCAGAUUGAUGAAAUUGACGAGGAGAGCGACGGCACCGAGGAGAGCGUGGAUGACGACGAUCUACCGGAAUGGGCACGACGGGCUGCCUUUGAGAACGAUGAACUUGGUCGUGCGCACUCCUUGCUGGCUUCGUCGUUGCCUCCCAAUCUCGUGGGAGCUCUCGCCCCCUCAACGUCGAGACUCAAGUUUCUGGAAUCUCUUUCCUCUGGACAGCUGCUUAGCGUUGCAUACAAUACGUGUGUACGCAAAUCCAAGAAACCUUGGGGAUACAUCAGUCCAGAUGGCAUCCAUGACAUACUGGCCCUCGAGGCAGCGACAGGAGACGGAGAAAGCAAGAAGGGCUGGACCUUCCGGCGCAUAGACAAUCUUCGACUAUGGGGAGGUGCAUUGAAGAUACGGUAUAUGCUGCCGAUUACUGCACCGCCAUCCGGCACUACGCCACUGGGAACGCCAUUGAAUUCUCCUUCUAUCCAGCAGCGGUUCAAUCCAGGCCAACCGCCGGUCGUCUUCGACGCUAAGAUUGUGGCACGGCAAGACGCGGGGUGGGAUGAGAUUCUCGAGGGUGUGAUUUUGCGCUGGAUGCAGCGAGUGGUGGCGGAGAAACGAGGAGAGGCAUGAUUAAUGUACACGACGACCUUGGAUUGAUUAUGAAAGGGAAGGAAAUAAUGUCUGUUCUGUAUCUGUAUGACUUGAAUCUAGACAUGCUUCAUAUGCUUUCGGCCGAAGUAUUCGGAUGACAUCGGACGAAAUGAACCACAAUUACCCUUUUCGGAAAUGAACUUUACGGUCUCCGAAUGAACAAGGGAUGAUGUUGGAGGGUCAUAAAAACCUUCCAUAGACUGCAGUAGCCUCAAAUAUCUGACUUUCAAACAUUUUGCUUGCAUAGAACCCGGUGGAAUUGGCCGGC